AUGCAGACAACAAAGGAUCUCAACAAGCCCGAGCCCCGUGAGGUUCCAGUGCGGUUGUCGUUUCUACUGCUCCUGUUCGUUGGCGUCCUCGUAUCUACAACCGUCCGCCAAGAGCUGAUUCAAUUCCAGCGAUAUGAAGCCGCAUACACCCUGAGCCGUUCUUCCAAUGGCACCGUCAGCAGCGUCUCCGUGACCUUUCAUGAGGUUGGUAAAUCGGAUUCCGUGGUGGUGGGAACCGCAGCGUCAGCGGCGGCACAACCGUCCAGAUCCCUCCAUGAUGAGGAAGCACCCAAGCAAGAGCCGGCGGCCCCACCACAGGAAAACGCAGAAGAAGUGACCCCACAGGAGUCUGCCGACAAGAAAUGGACCAUCGUCGUAGACGACAGUAAGGCAGAAACUUCUAGUGAGUCUUCCCCUGGCAAGAAUAUUGAACAACUCAAGCAAGAAGCAGCAACCCCAGAACAGCCAGAACAGCUCAAGCAAGACACCACUUUAACCAUCGAGAAGACGUCUCUAGGGGGGACAAAUACGGCUGUGGAAGCAACACCAGCAGUCCCCCAAGAAGAAGCUGGUAGCGGUGGAAACAAAACCCUCGUCAUCAUCAUGGGCAGUCUCCGAGGUGGUGAACAUGCCUGGCAGUCUUUGUAUCAAAAUCUUUUGGAUAUCAACCAUGCCGACUUGGCUCUGGCCGUUGGAAAGAAACCUGAAGAGGAGAAAACUAGCAGUCUCUACCAGCGUGCAAAGUAUCUUUGGGAGUUUGAUGAAUAUGAGGACUGGGGUGAUGCCUUGGACUUGAUUGCCAAGAAAGCAACCCUGAUGUUGACACUAGGACUGACCCAAACUCUUGGCGCAACAUACUGCUACCCUACUUUCCUGAAAUCUUUGGUGCACAAGCUCAAAGAGCUUUCAUUGCUGGACAAGUAUGAUCGAUUCAUUGUAACCCGUUCUGACUUCUACUACUUGUGCGAGCAUGACCUAUCCAGCUUCAACACAACAGAAGUUUUUGUCCCCAAGGGUGAAGACUAUGGUGGUAUCACGGAUAGGUUUGUAAUAGCUCCUGCCGACAAGAUUCUUACAGUCCUGGAUAUUCUACCUCCAAUGAUCAACAAACCUCAAAGACACAAGAACAAACUGCCAAAGUUGGAAAUCCAACAACUCACCACAUGUCCAGAAAUGGUGAUUAUGUGGCGCUGGCAGCAAGAUGGCAUUUUUGCCAAGAGAUAUAGCCGGAAAAUGUUCACUGUGAAGGCACCAGGGGAUCAGACUCGCUGGAGCGUUGGGAGCACCAAAAGAGGACAAGUGAUGAAGGGACCUCAUGGCUUGGUUUUGAAGUAUCCUCACGAGUAUCAGCAAUCUCAAAAGACGUGUGGCGUGCAGGGAAAGAAGAAGAUGUAA